CAGAUUAAAAACCUGGCGCAGUCGUUAUACCCGUGUUCAGCCCAGCGGCUGGAUGAGGAGAUGAAGUUGCAUCUUUUGCACAACCAGUCCAUUACCUGCAAUGACGGGAGCCCAGCUGGUUACUACCUAAAAGAGUCCAAAGGGAGUCGGCGGUGGCUCGUCUUCUUGGAAGGUGGCUGGUACUGCAUCAACCGGGAAAACUGUGACUUGCGCUAUGACACCAUGAGGAGACUCAUGAGCUCAAAAGGGUGGCCAGCCACGAAAACUGCUUCAGGGAUUUUGUCAACCCAGCCCGAGGAGAAUCCACAUUGGUGGAACGCCAAUAUGGUAUUCAUCCCCUAUUGUUCUAGCGAUGUCUGGAGCGGA